AUGGAGGACAUAGAUCGCCUCCUCAACUAUGAAGUAUGCCUGUUGAAUGAGUUCAGGGAAAAUGACGUUGGGAGUAACUUUCCAAAGGUUAAACAAUCCUACGAAGGGAUACUCCUAUCCAUCUUGGAAGAUGUGAAAAGGUACCAAGCGGACUUAUGCAACAGCGUGAACGGUCAAAACGGAAGUGAAAGUAUUCCAACAGGUAUAGAGGAACACCACUCCGUUGGUGAAGAUGCUCAUGAGGAAGUUAUCGACUUACCUGAAGCACACACAAAAGGGUCAAGCAGAGGGGUUAGGAAGAGAAAACGCAAUGCAAAUGGGGAAGAUGCGGUGAAAAAGGAGAGCCUAGGCGGCGACGAAAAAGACGAUACAAGUGAAAAACGAGAUGGUGCCAUGAAGGAAAGUAACGAAGAUGUUCGUGAGAACAUCGAUAAUUGUGAUGCCGCCAAGGGGAAGAAGAAGCAAAAGGACGCAUCCCACCUCGGAAGGGACAGUCCACCACCCCUCCCCGUGACAGUGAAUGAAUUUAUAAAAGUGGACGAAGAUUUUAAAUUCCUAACAGCAGAAGACCUCCAAUUUAAAAUUCCCCUAAAGGAACAGUGUGACUUGAAAGGGUUAUUCAACAACCUGGUCGACGAAAUAAAGAGCAAAAAUUACCUCAACGUGUAUAGACAAAUGUAUGUAGAAUCCUUUAGGAGAAAUCAGGGGAAGAUUCAAGACCACUCGAUCCUCCUCACCAGUGGAGCUUACCAUGGGGGAGACUUCACAAAUCAUAACCUCACACAUCAGACGUCCGUUCCCACUAAAGAAGGCAUUGUUCAGCUUGUAAAUUUCUACGUCGAAAAGGUGAAGAGCAAUUUGUGCCUUUUCUACUUCGACCUGUUUUUGUGCAUCUUAAAGGGUGCCGUGGCGGUGGAUUGUGCAGUCAAUUUUAUUGCUCACGAUUUGGUGGAUGUCCACCGGGAGAGCUUCGACAAAUUAUUGCAAGUGGUCACCAUGGGGGAUAACCAAAACGGAGAGAUGAAUACCCAGUCGGUGAAAUGCGAGAAAAACGAACUACUCCAACAGAACUUCGCGGGACACGUGAAGGAACUCAUCCUCAACGGCCUGCACUACCUGAUCGAAAUUCUCGAACAAAUGAAAGAGCACAAAUGCGGCAACUACGCCCAGUAUAAGGAUACCAUUUCCAAGUGCCUCCUGUCACUAGAGGCCAAAAAGGUUAUAACAUACAAAGAAGCCACCACUUACAUCGAGUGUAAAAAUUUCGAUAAGCUUACCAUCUUCAACAAAGAACUAUACAAACUGGUUACAAAAAUGAGAACCAAAAAUAUGUACAGCAUAUGGGUCUACAAUUUGCUGAGGGAAAAUGUGAAUGGCUAUUCAAAAAUUAUUUUCCUGUUGGAAAGUUUUUUUUCCACUCGAAGGGGAGGCUCCCCAUCGGGUGAUCCUUCUACUAAUAAACAAACAGACAAGUUAGGAAAAAAAAAAAUCAUUUCGGAACUUUCCUUAAAGUAUAAACUAAGAGGCAGGAGGAUGUUUAGCAAAACGAAGGAAGAGGGAAGGGGAAAAAUUAACAAGCGGAAUGGUCUAAAACUGAAGGGGAAGAAUCCACAUUGUGCAGACCAUAGUGAGGGGCACUCCCCUGGUGACGUCUCACGCUCUACGCUGUGCACGCCUGAAGGGGAAGAGCCCCCCACUCAAGGUGAACCAACAACACAUUGUGAACAGCUCAUUCAUGGGGAACUACCACCCUGUGAGGAACCCACCGUCUGUCCCAAGUUGAAGAAGGACACCCCCCAGAGGAACCAUACCUUGAGGGAAAGCACAAAAAGGUCAUGGAAGAGACACCUGAACUGCUACUACUGUACAGACCUGAUCAAAUUAAAGAAUAAAAUUUUUACCAUUGCGGGGCUUCACAACUUGUGCCCACGCAGGGUACUCUCCAUUCUCCUCUUCUUCUAUGAGCAGUAUGUAGACAGCCCCAAGCAGCUCCUUCCUCUGUUUUUCCUAUACACAAAGGAAACAAUCACAGAUAUUAUUCUUCUUGAGUUAAAAAUAAAAAAUAAUUACAUCAAAGAGGAGGAACAGAAAGAAUUACAAAAAUUAAAACACCUCCAUAGAGGGGAAGAAGACAUGGGAAGAAGCAAUCCCGACUCGAGCAAAUUCCUAGAUCAUUUUUUUUUGAGGAAAAAAAAUUUCUUCACGCCAAACUAUUUCAAAAUGUGCUCUAUUCUAAUUUUAAAUGACCUACUCAAUUUUAACACCUUUUACGAGAAUAUCCUCCCAAAUGAUGAGCUGCUGAAAAUUGCAUAUGAAGAGCUCUAUAGAAAGCUCUGUGCAGAUUAUGAGAAAUCCACUUCCGAUCGGUUGACCCCGUUCUUUUUCCCUUACCUCCCCAUGGAUAUAAGCGAACUACACGUUCUCUACAAUAAAGUGCGUAAGUACAGUCAGAAGAGCAAAACUCUAGAUCGGUCUUCUACCCGACAUGGUAGCCCCACGGAUCAUAGCUACAGUAAUAGCUCCGGAAAUAACAACCAACCGUCUGGUGGUUCUAUGCAUAAGGGCAAUUCCUACUCAAAUGAGAACAUCGGGGAGGGUGCCACUUCUCACGGUGGGAGCAACGGUAGGUCUAACAGCAUAACAGACGGAACGACCCUCAAAGGGGGGAAAAACUCCAAAGGGGUAAGCUCAUCAAACGCAACCAACACGCUUACCACGCCUGACGCAUCCAGGAGUAAUCUGUGCAAAAUCUUCGAAGAAGGGAAACCAGAAUAUAUGCACGACCGUAUAGUGCACUACCUUCUGAAUCACAAAAGUGUCGACAUAAAAAAAAAAAACGAACAAAUUGCGGAUCUUCAUAACAAGGACCCAAUUGAGUUCUUCAUUUUUGACAUGAUCCACAACAAAUCCAAUGGGGGAGAAAAUUUCGUAAAAAAUUACAUCGACAGGGAAAUACAACUGAGGAACGAAAUGGCAAACUCGAAACAUUUGUGUCAUACCAAUUCGUAUGACUACCUCUUCCUCCAGGAUGAUAAUUAUUUCUUCCUCCUAGGUCGACUUUUUUUCAUUAAAAAUCCCAAGUUUUUAUUUCUCUCCUCUUUGAUUAAUUUAAAUGCUUGGAGCUAUGUCGUCACGUUACUGGAGCAUAUGGCUAGCUACCAGUGCAACCCCUUCCUCAACUACUACGUCAGUUUGUCUAUGUCACGGAUCAUAGGACAUUCCAUAACUUCAUUCGAGAGGGCAUAUCUGAAGAGGGAUGCUUCUAGGGAAGCACAAGCAACAAGUGCAUCGAAUCAGAAGUCGGGACAAGUGCCCUAUAUGCGAAAGAAGAACAACGUAAAUGGGGAAGAAGAUACCUUCACUCGGGACGACACACCUCACAAGGAGGGUGCUACUGAACAGAAUGGAGACACCGAUGGACCCUGCUUCUUCUGCAAAAUUCAUCUCGACACAAAUAGGCUUUACAGCUACCAGUGCAUCAAAGUGCUAAAUCGAAACAAGGAACACUUACAAAACCUGUUCAGGGAUGAGAAAAAAAUACAGAAGAAGAAAAAAAAAAUGAAGCAAAUUCUAAGAAGCUUUAUUUACAGUGUGAGGGACACCCCAGGGGGAAGGAAUGCCAAGAGUGACAAGACCAGUUGUGAUAGUCACUCCCUUUACGGGAAAGCAAAUGGAACUGCGAAGAAGGAAAAGAAUUCUAAUCAGUCACAUCGCUCCUCGACCUUGGUGCGCUCCAUGAGGAAGCAUCUUCUGCUCUGCUCGACCGCCCCGCCGUCUGAGGAAUCAUCCGAGGCGGAAUCAGUUGACUUUUCCCCAAAUGGGAAGAACGAAGGAGGAGCGGAGGACAGCCACGCAUUGCUCCCGGAGGAGGUAACAUCUGUUAAAAUGGAACCGAUGAGCAGUGCAGACCCAGUCACCAAUCUGGACAACUUCCUGAACUUCUUCUCGUCCAACCGAGCCAACAAUUACAUGAAGAAAAUAAAAAGCGUCGACGAUUUUUUCAAUAGGACAUUGCAGUAUGUGAAGUACUUGGGCUAUUUUGGGUACCUUUACAAGUCUCUGGUGAGGAGACUGCUUUUGAUAGUGAAGGCCUAUGUGAGGAGGAAGGUCAACCGGGGGGAAGAGCUGCAUAGCAACUUUGACAAGCUAUUCAUCCGUUUUUUUUUCUUGUGCCCAAUAAAUGAGGACGACGAAGGAGGGGGCAUCGGGAACAAGGACGAAAAUGGGGCGGAUGGUUCCCACCUGAAUGAGGACAUAUGGAACGUGCUGAGACUCAUCCCCGUGUCGAGGCGCUACAAGUUGUACGCCAAAUUUUACAGCAAGGUGAAGAAGUACCAGAAGGUCCUUUCAAAACUGGCGGUGGAUACGCAGACAGACAAGGAUGACGCCAAUGCAGGGGGUAAUACCACACCUGGCCCCCUCCUUCCAAACGGUAAGGCGGCCAUUGUCCUCUCCAGUAUAAACUUCGAGCUAGCCAAAAAUAAACUGAGAAAAAUUAUCAAAAGGAUAACGUCGGAUAUACUGAAGGAUAGGUACAGCACCAAAGUGCAAAACAUCCUGAUGCAGCUAACAGGGGUGAUCAAUAGAAACCCCUUCGUCUCGUCAGACGUCAUUCUACAACAGUGUGAACUCUUCGAUAACAAUAUGAUCAUAACCCUGUCCGAGUCGAUUAAGGACAUACACAGUUUUUCGAGUGACAUAUUUCUUUUUAAAAUUGUGGAGAGACAACAGCUGCUAAAUGUGAGCAACUACCAAUUAAGCAAACAGUACAGCAUGAACAGCUCAGAUUUGUUCGACGACUCUCUUUUCAAACCGAAGAAGCUGAUCAACCUUUCGCUAGUCAGUGCCAAGUUUUUGUCCAAGCACCCCUUUGUGGAUUUCUACCCUCUUAUCAUCUCCAUCGUGAAGAGGUUAUUUUCGGAGCUGCACGUAUCGGAACAGCUCUUCCUUAGAAAUAGGAGAGAAGCACAUGUAAAGGGUGAACCAAACGAAGGGGAAGAACCAUCCCAAUAUAGUGACGAAUUUAAAGUAAGCAUUCUAAACGCCAUGAAUGUAAAAUACCCGGACGUUAUGAGUGGAUACAUUUUCGACAUAGACUACCUACAGAAGCUGAUCGAGAUCUACGGAGGGACAAGUGCAUCGAUAGACGUACAAGAGCUGAAUGAAGACCAACUGAAUGCUCAGUGUGGGCUCAAGCUACUAAAAAAAGAAAUUAUGAUCCUGGAAGAAAACUUCAAUUAUAAUAUGAACAACGUAGAGUAUGAAAAUUUAGAAAAAGCUGAGAUGGAUGAUGAGAAGCUACAAAGACACUGUAUUGAAAAUGCCACGAAAAAUCUCUCCAACCCUAAUGUGGUUUACCUCUUUCUAUGUACCUUGUCCAAAUUGAAAUACGAAUACCUAUUCGAUAGUAACACCAAUAACUUAAGAAACCUCUCCUCCCUGAUCGAUAAGGUGGAUGCAGUUCUCCUUCAGUUUAUCAAUUUUCUGCAAACCAACACGGAACCCUACCUCUAUUUGACCUACAUCCCCAGCAUCACUUUAAUUUUUUCCUACUUUAACAUUUCGCAGUCAUUCCAUAUAAUUAGAUUUGCCUUUCCCUUCUUCGAUGAUAAGGGAGCAGCAAAAAGACAACGCAGGUCAUCUUCCCCAUUACAGCGUGGAAAAGAUGCUCCCCCUAAUGUGGGUGAUCCCGCUAAUACAAACGACCACGCUAGUAUAAAUGAUCCGGAUAACUGCAAGUCUACCGAGGGGAAGCGUCACCCCCCCUCGUAUGACGAUCCCACUUUCCACCACUCCAACGAGGAAAAGUGGAAGCAAACCAUUAUGCCUAUAGUCCACAGAUACCUAAGCAUAGAAAACCUCAACGGAAUUAACAUCGACUUUUAUCUGACCUACUGGAGACUAAGUAUUACAGACAUCUAUGUACCCCACAAGCAAUACCAGAAGGUUAUUGAAAAGUAUGACUCCUACAUAAAGAAGCUAGAAAAACAUCAUGAGGACAAUAAAAAAAAUGAAGACUACAAAUGGAUUAACAAAAAGCUGAGAAAACUCCGUUCCAGAAGAGGAUCCAUCAACACGGAAUACCAGUAUCAUAUUGCACACACAGAAAAAAUAAAAAAACAUCUAUCGCAUGUAGUGGACCAUUGGGUUAACCCACAAGAAAUUGACCUCACCACGUUCACAGCUUUUGUCAAAUGUCUCAUCGCCCCGAGGAUAUUAAACAGUGAAAAGGAUUCUCUCUUCUGUUCCAAGUUCAUACUCUUACUACUAGACUUUAGAACACCUCUUUUCAAUUUCUGCCUCCUCACCUACGUAUGCAUUAAAAUGCUCAUGCCAAUUAUAAAUGCCUGCACGGAAAAAGAAGCCUUGAAUAUUGGACUGUUCUUCAAUGAGUUGUUUUCCUACGUGUACCAGUUAUGUCAUGACCCAAAGCAUUUUAAACUCGUGUCGGAAGAGAACCCAUGUUUUAGCAGCACACUGAACUUCGAAUCCAAAGUUACGAUAGAGCACUCCUGCAUUAUUGGGAAGGUUGCCAAAUGGGAGAAGCUCCUCGUUUCUCUUCUCUUCGAAAAUAACAACCAUCAGAAGUCAUGGAUUAACUCAAAAUCGGUCGUCAUCUUCCUAUUUCGAGUUCUUCAUUCUUUUCCCUACUCGAACAAAGUGAAGAAUUCCAUAAGGAAAUACCUGCAGAACCUGCACUCCUUUGCGCAGAACCGUGGGUGGAAGGACAUCGCUAUUUCGGUUAACAGUUUGAAGACCAUCAUGGAGAGGAACCGCAAAGCGGCGGAGAAGGAAAAAAAGGAAGAAUCCGAGGCGAAGCCACAGGAAAGCAAAGCCAGCUCGUCCAAGGCAAACGCGCCCGCGCCCAACCCGGAUGGAAACGUUACCAUGAACCCAUUCAACACAUCCAACCCAGUGCACAUGAACUCGAACACGAACUUCGUUCCCAUAACGAAGAAUAUGUACAACACAAACAUGUACCCCGUUUUGCAACACUCCAUGAGCAUGCCGCCCAAGCCCUACAUGAAGGACAGCCCAUUUAACAACAAAAUUCCUCCACCACAGGAUCAGAAUAACAUUAUGUCUCUGUCUUCAAUUAACCCAAACACCAUUAGCAUAAAUAACGACAUGAACAAACGAAGAGAUAUUUUCGGCGGCAUGCAAGGUAAUGCAAAUUCCUAUCCGUCUCCACAUCCCUCCCCAUUAGGUCAUAUGAAUGACAAAAAUAUGAUGAACAAAAAUAUGAGAAUGGACAAUCGAUCCAUGCAGAAUGAAGGUGUGAAUUAUACAAUGCCGCAGAACUUUAUGGGUAUGCAUCCUUUCAUCCCUCCACCUAUGCAUGACAUGCCCCCAAAUCAGAUCUUCCCAAAUGUGCAUCAUGGUCAUAUGAAAACGAACAGAAAUUCGAACAGCUUCUCGCGCAGGUAG